GAAGCAGGGGCCAAAAAGGGGUACUGGGGCAAAUCGAGCCGAGUUUUAUUGGGGUCGGUUCGUAUUUAAUGUACUUCAACAACUACUACCGGUACCCAUUAAUGAGCUGCUGCACGUAAAUUCACCUAGCAAUGGUAGCAAAUUGUAGUGGAAAUUUUCAAUCUAUCUUCUUCUCAUUUCAAUUCAUCCAAGAAAACUAGAAAAGUUUACAGCAAAGAGUAGAUGGCAAUUCAUUUUGCGUGAGUUGGUUUUUUUCCUGUUUUCCAUUGCAUCAGUCAAACUCACGGUUUUCUCAUCUUUCAUUAGAAUCCCAUUUUUUUCUUUCUAUUUUUGUGUGUUUUCUUGCUAUAUUAUCCCAUCUGAGUAUAGGGUUCUUCAGACUUGAGAGAAAAGUGAAGAGAUGAGGAGCUCUGCUGCAGAUGAUGUGAUGAUGGAGAUAGAGGCAAGCAAGCCACAAGGGAAUGGACUUGUGGUGGGAGGUUUGAGCCCUUUGAGUGAGACACUGUGGAAGGAGAAAACCAAUACAGAAUUUGUUGGGGAUGUUUCUGCAAGAUUGACUUGGAAAGAUCUGACAGUAAUGGUUACACUGGGGAAUGGGGAGACUCAAAAUGUUUUGGAAGGACUUACUGGUUAUGCUGAGCCAGGUAGCUUCACUGCCCUUAUGGGUCCUUCUGGUUCUGGCAAAUCUACCCUGCUUGAUGCCCUCUCUGGUCGCCUUGCUGCCAAUGCUUUCCUGUCUGGAACUAUCCUACUCAAUGGUCGUAGAGCAAAGCUCUCUUUUGGUACAGCUGCGUAUGUGACACAAGAUGACAACUUGAUUGGUACUCUGACUGUUCGGGAAACAAUAUCUUAUUCUGCUAGGCUGCGGCUCCCAGAUAAGAUGCCGUGGACUGAGAAGCGAGCAUUGAUAGAGAGCACCAUAGUCGAAAUGGGCCUCCAAGAUUGUGCCGAUACAGUUAUUGGAAAUUGGCACUUGCGUGGAAUCAGUGGUGGAGAAAAGAGGAGGGUAAGCAUUGCCCUUGAGAUCCUGAUGAGGCCUAGAUUGCUUUUCUUAGAUGAGCCAACAAGUGGACUUGACAGUGCUUCAGCUUUCUUCGUAACUCAGACCUUACGCGGUCUAUCUAGAGAUGGAAGGACUGUAAUAGCCUCUAUUCACCAGCCAAGCAGCGAAGUUUUUGAGCUUUUUGAUAGAUUGUACUUGCUUUCUGGAGGGAAGACAGUUUACUUUGGGCAGACUUCAGAAGCCUAUGAGUUUUUUGCGCAAGCUGGCUUUCCAUGUCCUACUCUGAGAAAUCCAUCAGACCACUUCCUUAGAUGCAUAAAUUCAGAUUUUGACAAAGUUAAGGCAACUCUCAAGGGAUCCAUGAAGAUGAGGUUUGAAAGCAAUGAUGAUCCUCUCGAGAAAAUAACAACUGCUGAAGCAAUAAGGACCCUCAUUGAUUGCUAUCGUAGAUCUCAAUAUUGCUACAUUGCAAAAGAAAAAGUUGAGGAAAUGUCCAAAAUAAAAGGAACUGUAUUGGAUUCAGGAGGCAGUCAGGCUAGUUUCUUUGAUGCAUUCCUUUUGGAAAACUGACAUGAUUAGACACUUUUUAUCGGAAUGUCUAUAAAUUGUAAUUAUUACUGGUACCAAUGGCAGUUCCAUCUUAAUGUGAUCCUUUCCUCUAAACAGGCAAGGGGUGCUUGUGCUUCUUUUGUCUUUGGCUUCGUGACAUUCAUGUCAAUUGGUGGUUUUCCUUCAUUUGUAGAAGAUAUGAAGGUCUUCCAAAGAGAAAGGUUAAAUGGACAUUAUGGUGUAACUGCAUUUGUCAUCAGCAACACACUAUCUGCCAUGCCAUUUCUGAUAUUGAUCACUUUCAUUUCUGGGACUAUCUGCUACUUCAUGGUCCGUCUUCAUCCUGGAUUCUCACAUUACCUGUUCUUCGUGUUGUGCCUUUAUGCAAGUGUCACUGUUGUUGAGAGCCUGAUGAUGGCUAUAGCAAGCAUUGUCCCUAACUUCCUCAUGGGUAUCAUCACUGGUGCUGGUAUUCAGGGGAUAUUUAUGCUAGUAUCUGGCUACUUCAGACUCCCAAAUGACAUCCCCAAGCCAGUGUGGCGCUAUCCAAUGACUUACAUCAGUUUUCACUUCUGGGCACUACAGGGUCAAUACCAGAAUGAUUUGAAGGGCCUGAUAUUUGACAACCAGACCCCGGACAUGCCCAAAAUUUCUGGAGAAUACAUUCUGGAAUAUGUCUUCCAGAUUGACACAAACAGGUCAAAAUGGGUGGAUCUCAGUGUUAUCUUCAGUAUGAUUAUUAUCUACCGCAUUAUCUUCUUCAUCAUGAUAAAGAUUAACGAGGAUGUUACCCCUUGGAUCCGCGGUUACGUGGCAAGGAGAAGAAUGCUGCAGAAGAAUGGAAAUCAGAAUACAACUGUUGCACCUUAUGGCCUCACUCAAUCCCCAUCCUUGAGGGCAUAUGUGAUGGAUCAUGGGAGUGGUACUAGCAAGAAGUAGAUGAUUAUUGAGAUUCAAGAGCCACUUCUUGCUGGAUACAUCUUUAGUUUUAUAUAUUUCAGUGUUUAUGAUUAUCCGGCUAGAUAAAAGUGAGAAUGGAGUGUCAUGUAUACAAUGCUAUGGAAAAUGAUAGCCAGAGUUUACUGAUUACUGAUUACUGAUAGCCAGUGUUUAUGAUUAUCGUGCAAGAGUUUACUGAUUACUGAUUUUUGAUGCA